GUCAGGAAAACACAUCUGUCCCCGCGCAUGUCGCUGUUUGUGGUGGCCUGCAUGUGUUUGUAAAGCUGUUCCGGUGAACAUUAGCAGAGCAGCGGAGUGCCGGAGCGCCGGUGAAGUAGUUGCCCUACACUUGGCCGCUGUUGAGUGCGGUGUGAGCAGCGGUGAAACGCCGGGACGGUUCGCUGCGAUGGAGAACAUGAACUAACCGGAUUUGAAAUUCUUUUUUCUCUUGGAUUACCUCCUGUUAAACCGGCCCGGUUCGUUUUUUGUUGGUAUUGUAUCGGUUCCUGUCGUAGUGUGGAGUAGUGAACACUUGGAAAAUGCCUGCUAAGACCAAGUACAACCUCGUUGAUGAUGGGCAUGAUUUGAGGAUCCCGUUGCACAACGAGGAAGCAUUCCAGCAUGGGAUCAACUUCGAGGCAAAGUACAUCGGCAGUCUGGAUGUGACGCGGCCGAGCAGUCGAGUUGAGAUCGUGGCUGCGAUGCGAAGAAUACGGUAUGAGUUCAAGGUGAAAAACAUCAAGAAGAAAAAAGUCAACAUUGUGGUGUCGGUAGACGGCGUGAAAGUUGCCUUGAGGAAAAAGAAAAAAAAAAAGGAGUGGACGUGGGAUGAGAGCAAGAUGAUGGUGAUGCAGGAUCCCAUUUACAGGAUAUUCUAUGUGUCUCAUGACUCCCAGGAUCUGAAGAUUUUCAGCUACAUCGCUAGAGACGGACAGAGUAAUGUCUUCCGCUGCAAUGUCUUCAAGUCCAAAAAGAAGAGUCAGGCCAUGCGGAUUGUUCGGACAGUCGGCCAGGCGUUCGAGGUUUGUCAUAAACUGAGUCUGCAGCACACGCAGCAGAAUGCAGAUGGACAGGAGGACAGCCACAGCGAAAAGAACGGCAACAGCUCCUCUGUCUCAGGCGUGCGUGCUUAUCCACCUGUAUGUGUGUGUACUUUCCUCGGCUCAGCUCGGGAACUAACAGGCGCAGAGAAGACGGCGACUGUCACAGAGGAGACGGAUAUCGAUGCGGAGGAGACGAGCCAGGUGUCAGCAGCAGAGGAGUUAAACCUCAAUAGAGGGGUGACUGAUCUGGACGCCACAGCCAAGGCACCUGAGCUGAACCAAUCGGAGAGCAAGGCUUCAGAGGAGGCCUCUCUGCUGAUGUCCAGCCCCAGGAUGCUGCUCCCUGCAUCGGGCACACUGCCACCAGGUGCCCCCCUGUCUGUCCACCACCAGAUCCAGCUGCUCCAACAGCAGCUCCAGCAGCAACAGCAGCAGACACAAGUGGCUGUGGCACAGGUCCACCUGUUGAAGGACCAGCUGAGCGCGGAGGCCACAGCUCGGCUGGAGGCCCAGGCUCGAGUCCACCAGCUGUUGCUGCAGAACAAAGACCUGCUGCAGCACAUCUCCCUGCUGGUUAAACAGAUCCAGGAGCUGGAGACCAAGAUGUCUGGACCAAACUCAAUGGGAUCUCAGGACAGUCUGUUGGAGAUCACCUUCCGGUCUACAGUACCUCCAGUGAUCUGCGACCCCACAACGCCCAAACCUGAUGUGUCCGCCCUCAACCUGCCUGCACUGGGCUCCACUGACGGGACCGGCAACGCCUUCUCAUCUUCCAACGGGACUCUGGGAAGCCCCCUAGUUGAUCAAAGUAUGUUUGAGAACUCAGUUGCCCAGCAGCAGAGUCCUCAGACCUCCAGGCCGGGCCAGUCCUCGUCCCGACGCACCCCGGCAUCACCUAAUCAUAACCUGGGGUCCAGCUCCAUCGACUCUCCAUCCUCCGGAGGCCAACAGAGGCUUAAAAAUGCCUUUAAUCUCGGCAAAGCUGUCGGUGCAAGGGUCAAUGACUUGUUAAGAAGGAAGGAGCCCAGCCACCUCGGGGACAUCGGGGUCACUGAGGUCAACAAAAACGUUGAUGCUGUUUGGAGCUGUAUGGACCAACUCAACCAGACCACUGCAAACAGUCACAUCUCCUCUUUUGACUCCUUCCCUCGGCUGGACCCACCACCCCCAACAGGGAAGAAACGCCUCCCUCGGGCUCUGAAGACCACCCAGGACAUGAUGAUCUCGUCCGACCCCGUUGUCUCCUCUCCUGACCCAGCUGACUCAUCCUCCUUCCUCUCUUCUCCUGACAAGAUGCCCCUGAUCGCUAAGGAGGAGCUGAGGAACAGUGAGGAGCAGCAGCAGCAGGGCGAGAAGGAGGAAGAGCGGUCAGAGGAAAUCACAUUGCCGCCAAGCCCAGCAGAGAAGAAAGUUGUUUCUGAUUGGGAGAUGACAGGAAGCAAUGGCAAAGUCGAUGGAGUCACAGGUGGAGAAGAUGAUGAUGUGGAAAACGGGAGCACCAAAGGAGGCGAAGAGGAAUGUCAGCCCCAGCUGCAGCUCUCCGUGCCAGACCUCAUCAACAAAGAUCCCCCCUUGCUGGAGCCCAGGGCUAAGCCCUGCGACGUCUGGCAGAAGGCAUCAGGACCGGACUCCCGGCUGGCCUCCACCCCAUGCUCAGGAAAAACUACCUGCCGCAUCAGCCUGGGUGAGGAGGCUCUGCUGGGGAACGGCACUCCCUGCAGUAAAGGCACCGGAGUGAGCGCUGAAGACUCAGAGUCCCACCCGGACCUGCUGUCAUUUGAAUAAAGACCAGAGGGGUCAGAUACCACUUCAGUUUGUCUCCAGGAGUUUGGAACUUUUGCUCUUAGAGGUAAUUCAAACAGACUAAUGACAAGUACUGCAGAUCAAAUAUUCACUGCCACUUUGAAAUAUAUAACUCUCCCUGCUCCAGGGUUUGCUUUAGGAAAAGGGAACAAGGGCUUCCAGGAAUCAGGGCAGGGGCCAGAGCUGAUGCUUUUAGACUUUUUAGCAACUUUUCUUGAGUUUAAAUGUCAUGGUGAUACAAUCUGGCCCUCCAACAUGGCUGACGGACACCACCACCUUCUUCCUAAUGAUUUGAACACAAAGCUGACCAGCACCAGAUGAUGAAUAAGGAGCAAGAGAGAAAAUGUGUAGGAGCUGAGGGUUCAUUACGGUGCAGACAGAAUUCCAAUUUUAUUAUUUAGGAAUGCAAUAAUACCUGAUAAUGUAACAAUGAAUGUAACUGAUAAAAUGAAAUAUCCCUUUAAAAGGGCUGAAAAUGUAAAAUCCUGACAAUGGCGAGCGUAAAGACAACUUUAUACUGAUGUCAUUUAUUCCUGAAAGUAAAACAUUAUUAAUGUACAUCUUUUAGAAAUGUAUGGGUGAUACUUAUCAGCAUUAAGUUAUAUUAUCAAGCCAUUCAUUUCAAGAACCCUUUUGUCGACAUUUUUAAAACCAUUUAAAGGGACUUCUAUUUCACAAUGGUCACACUGUAAGUCUCAUAUUGUACAAAAGCUGCUACAAUGAAACCAAUUACAAACUGCAUAUAUAUGAGUUAUAUAGCAAUAUCAUUUACACUCAGUAUAAUUAGAAUAAUAACGUUUUUGGAGAAUUUUCAUCAGCCUAAUAGUAUUUCCAGCACAGAAUAUUCUUGAAAACUGAAGGCAGACUCAGGAGGAGAGGAGGGAAACAGGAGGAAGAAGCUGAACGAAUGCGGAUGUGUUAGAGAUGGAAAGGUUUGGGGGAGAGUUUACAUUCAGUUCAGUCAGCAUAAAAUGCCUCGCAGCAGUUUCUGCCAGAGUUUGUCAGGACUGGAAGGCUUUUGACCUGUAGCUUCAUUCAUAUUAAUUCAUUUCUGCCCCCUUUUAGGUGCAGUGGGAGUUUUAGAAAGAGUCCUCUCCUACACUGCCCUUUGGCACAGACUCUGACCCUGAAUGUGACAUUUGUAAAGUUAUCAGCAUGUAAGGACACUGAUCAGCAUCCCCAUCAAUAGGUAGCAUUUCUUUUGGUUUAGAUUAAAAAAGAAAGAAAGAAAGAAAAAGAUGAAAAAGGAAACCUGGGAUUGCUUGCUCAUUUAUUUUAAAUAUUAAAAACACCCCAGAAAUUGUUGAAAUUAAAAUAUAAAUACACAGAGCAAAGUCAGUGUAAACUUCUUUUCUUUUUUUAAAAAAUUCAAGUACACAAGUACAUUCUGAACCGUCUCCACAGUUCAGAGUUACCUCCUGGCAGCAGCAAGAAACAGAGUGCCAGGGCCUAAAGUCCAUGUGGAAAAACAUAUGCUAAUUCUAAUUUAAAAAAAAAAAAAUCUGAUUAUAGAUAUUGUGAUUUUUUUUCCUUUGGCUCUGUGCUCCAGUGAUAAUGAGCUUGUGUUGUGAGCAAAUACUAGUAGAAACUAGAAAAUAAAUUGAGCAAUUUGUGGAACCACAUUCAGUAUUUACAUGAACGUAUCUCUGGUCUGGAAUGAGAACGGCUCCCAUGCUUCCUCUGUGCUGACAAAAAGUGUCUUCUUAGCUGGCUGAACUGAAAGUAGAUUCUUAUUACCCCCUUAAAAAAACCUGACAGCGAGUCGGAUGAAAGGAUGGAUGGGCGGACGGGCGGCAAGUGGAGGGCGGGCUGCUAAAAAGUUAUGUUUGAGCAGAAGACAGAGAGGAUAAUGAGCUGUCAACAGGGAGAGAUGAAAGUGGUGUAUUCUAUUCAAGCAGAUCAUUAAGUGACAGACCAAAGACAGAAAUUAGCGGCUCAGUCAGACAGGUUGUUUUUGUCAUAUUGUUUUUAGCGAGCUAUCAGAGUGAAAAGAGAAGCAAUAAUACAUACAGAUUUUUUCCUCCUUUAUUUUCGCUUCAUCUAUUAAUGAAAACCAAAGUCAGAGCAUUUUGAAAAUUUUGAUAACAAUUCACAUGCAUGUUUUAGAUCUUCUGACUUUUCUGACUCACCGCAGAGAGACUGUGUCAGAUGAGCUGACAAUAACAGAAAAUAACCCACUGUUGAAUCAGACAGUCAGCGUCAACCUUACCCAUGUGUCGCUGCAGGAGGAGCAGAACCAAGCUGCGAGGGCUGUUUUAUCACAAUCAAAGUGGAAAUCUGUGUUUUUAUAACACUAUAAUCUGAGCAUCUGUUCCUCACAUCUGUGGCACUGGGUUAAAAUUCACUUUAGACACACAUGGAAAGCAAGCUCCAGAUCCCCACCCUACAAAUAACCCGUCUUUCUGUGAGGUUCCUGAAGUGGCCUCUGUAAGUGUCCACUGUGUCCUUGCAGGGAUUUCCCGACUUCAAGACAGAGAAAAAAAACUUCCCAGAAAACACUGAGACGGACACAGAGCCAGCUGUAGUUGCGGUCAGGUCGUGCCCAUGAGAAUGAGAGGAAUGCGGAGCUGGACUUAGAGAAAGAAAGCUUUGUCUCUCUGUCUGUCCCCGUCUCUCUGACUUUGUCUCAUAUAAAAGCGUCCCCAUUUAUUUUAAAGCUGUAACAAAACAGCAGGUGUCCCCCACAUGCCAAACCAAAUUACAAAAAUAGUUUUCCCAAUUAGUUUUAUCCAGCAUUCAUCAGAUCAGAGUCGAUUUUUUUCUUUUACUUUAAGUUUUUAACUAAAAGCAACAGUUUGUGGAAACACAUGCUGAGUUUUUCACGUGUUUGCGUGCUGUGAGGAACAGAAACAAAAUGUAUCUCCACUGUGCUGGGGUUGCAGAUGUUUCAGUAAUCUCCAGAACCAAAGCAUUUACAUUGCUAGAUAAAACAUAAGUGGGAAAAUGUUUUAAUUUUGGUCAAAGUGACAGUUUAAAAUCAGGGCAAGAGUGGAAACAUGUUGUGAAAGUAAAUGAGUCAAAGCAACAAGAAGCAAAGACCUGAUCUAGAUUAUCUGAUAAUCACCACAACUUAAUCAAUCACCCAUAUUAAUGAUAGGACAAAGUAUUUGUACAUGUUUUGUUGCUUCGACGUUUUAUUAGUUUUGAUUUAAUUGAUCUUGAGUAUUUUAAAGCCCCUGAAAGCCUGGUUUCAAAUUCUUUUUGUUCUUACUCAUAAUAUAAUAUCAAUAACUAAAUGUGCAGCAAUCACUGUUAAAGUUUGGGGAAGGAAAAUCUUUAUUAAGAGUUAAACACAAACUCUGUGGCUGAGGUUUGAUCACAUUUGAUUGACAGUGCUCGCAAUAUAAGCAAAAAAAAAAAAAAAUUGUCAUUACAUUUUGAUUAAAAUUGCUAAUCCCUGAUUGGUGCAUGGAAAUAUGUGACAAUAAUUAUUUUCAACCGAGCUCACUUUAAACCAGUGACUAACAAA